CGUCUAGGCCCCUGUCGCCCCCUGCAGGUGGUGGCAGCGCAGCUCCGGAACAAAGUCCACAGCCGGCUCCAGAACAGCACCCCACACGCAGGAGCUGUCCAAGGCCAGGCUACGAGAUCCCGGAGGAGACCUGGAGAGCCUGGCCUCUAGGGAUAGCGGAGGACCUGAGAUGCCGGGUUGGCCCGUUACUCAGUGAGGGGGGAAUGUGGAAAUGACCGAGGUGCCUAAUGACGUCUUUGUCUCGGUGGCGAACGGCCGGCUAACGUAGUGAACGCCGGUGAAAACGAGGUGGUGGCUGGGGGACAAUUCCGGAUGCUCAAGGAGCCGCUGGGGUUUCUGAAGCUGCUGGAAUGGCUCUUUGCUAUCUUUGCCUUCGCCACCUGCGGGACCUACAGCGGGGAAUUCCGCCUCAGCGUUGAGUGUGUGAAUAAAAGCGAGAGCGACCUGAACAUCGAAGUGGAGUUUGGCUACCCAUUCAGACUCCACCAGGUCUAUUUCGACGUCCCAGCCUGCAAGGGGACCGAGGUGCAGAGGAUUUUCCUCAUUGGAGAUUACUCCUCCUCGGCCGAAUUCUUCGUCACCAUUGCCGUCUUCGCCUUCCUGUACUCGCUGGCUGCCACUGUCGUCUACCUCUUCAUGGAGAACAAGUACCGGGAGAACAACAAGGGCCCCAUGAUCGAUUUCGUCGUCACCGCCAUCUUCGCCUUCAUGUGGCUGGUGAGCUCGUGCGCCUGGGCCAAGGGUCUCUCCGACGUCAAGCUGGCCACGGACCCCGACAACGUGAUCGAGGGGCUGGAUGUCUGCAAGAAAGAGGGGAACACGUGCAAAGAGCUGAAGGACCCCGUCAUCUCGGGGCUCAACACCUCUGUGGUCUUUGGCUUCCUGAACCUGGUGCUGUGGACGGGGAAUCUCUGGUUCGUGUUUAAGGAGACGGGUUGGAGCGCCCCCUUUGCCAAGUACCCGCCUGCCGCCCCGGAGAAGCAGCCGGCUCCGGACGCCUACGCCGACUCCUACAACCAGGGCUCCGGCUACGUGCAGCAGGAUUCGUACGGCCAGCAGGGCGGCUACCAGCCGGAGUAUAACCAGCAGGGCUACGGGCAGCCCGACCCCUACGGCCAGCAGGGGGGGUACGGCCAGGCCGCCCCCACUUCCUUCUCCAACCAGAUGUAGGCGGGUCUCUCCCCCAGCAGGGGGCGUCGUGAGGAGAAGACGCCUGUCCCGUCCCACCCCUCCCAUGUCCCCUCAUGUGGGGGGCUGGUGGGGGGACC